AUGUAUGUACUUUCUGGAACUGGUAGUUGAUUAGUGUUUCUUGUCAACACAUCAUUUAAUACUUUUGAAAAAGUUGCUACCAUUACUUCAACAGUAAUAUAUCUUGUAUCGCAUAAACUUGUCUGCUCCCGGAGAUAUACACAUAACUUCAAAAAUAUUUCUGGAUACAUUUGAUACAACUGUCGAAAAUGGGAAGGUUUUUGCUUUUGCACAUUUUCUAUAUAGAUUUCACCGUCUCUUGUGAUCGCACGUCGAAAAGAAUAUUGUAAUCCAUGUCGUAGGCACUUUCUCAAAUACAACAUCCGAAAGAUAAUCAAGAGCACCAACAACAAAAUAUCAGCAUCCAACUCGUCAUCAUGCAAUCCAUUUCUUUCUCUUUCUUCAAAGACUUCUAGAUCAUAA